AUGGCCGCCGAACCGUCGCUUGAUAUGAGGAUGGAGUUCCGGGGGCUUGACCCUCCUCCAGGCGUGCACAUCCCGACCGGUGCAGAGCUUUUCAGCCUAUGUACCGCAGAGCACCCGCGCCGCUUCUCGAUGGGCAUCCCCUAUCCCGCGGAAUCUCCUGUUCUCUGGAUCAAGUACGGCCGUCCAGUUCUGUGGAACGAAGUCCCUGCCCAGACGAUGGCGUAUCACGAACUUCGACGGCUGGGGUCAGCCGUCAGGGUGCCUGCCAUCUACUACGCUUGCACUGUUGAGUAUAAAACGUACAUUGUCAUGGAGUACAUUCCAGGCAAGACGGCAGCCAAGUCGCUGGAGGGCGUCUCGGAUCCAGCAAAGAAGGAAGCCAUCUUCCGCCUUAUUGCACUUGGUCUCAGCGAACUGCACCGCAUCCCCGUUCCACCACAGUCUCGUCCCUCUGCGAUUGACGGGGACAGGAUUCGACAUCGUUUGUUCGAUGAACAGGAAGCUCCAAGGCACUACCAGAGCGUUGACCAGCUUGAAGAGCAUCUCAAUCUAUUUCUAAAAAUUACUAGACGUACUCAGAGGGUCCAAAAGCUGUCACAGGAACCCAUGGUCUUUUGUUUCUCUGAUCUCUGGCUCGGCAACUUUAUGAUCGACGAUGGCGGUCGAGUGAUUGUCAUCGACUUUGCCGACUGUAGCUUUCUACCGUCCAGUUUCUCAAAGUUUGCCCUCCUACCCUCGCAGAAUAACUACCCGUGCGACAUAACCGGUUGGGUAAACGUCCCGUCAGUGGACGGCAUCGAUAAUACGGAAGCUUUGUGUGCGAUGGCUGGCCCAAUGAUCGUAGGGUCAAGCUCCUUCGAGUCCUGUGGGCUGAGAGUACCAGGCGCAGGAUGGGCGCCGGAGCUAGACAAUCCAACGAACUGA